CUAGAUAUACACUUGUACUAUGCAGACAAAAGACCUUGUCCUUGAAAUUGCCAUGCGAGAAUGAAGAGGUGACCGGGUCAGGGCACAAUGCUGAGGUCCAGAUGCUUCCGAGUCUUGCCGUUGCGAGGUCUUGCUCAAACCAAAAAGAAGGCGAAGGCCAAACAGCAAAAGAAGCAACGUGCCCCGGUGCCGGUGAAGCUGGUUCCAAACAUACCGUUUGAGCUGACCAAAGAGACUCGGGAGUUCUUCCAAAACCAAACCAGGUUUAAGGCGCUCUUGGACCUGGUGUUCUCUCCACGAGAGCCGAAGGAAAGCGAGGAAGACCAGGCCGAGUACGAGGAGACGAAAGCAGAGUUUGAUACGCUCUGUGAAAGAGCAAACUUAAUUUACAAGGUGCAUGAAGAACGAGCUGAGCAGCGCAUGUGGCGCGCGAUUCAGCAGUUGCCAGAAGACUUGUACAACGAGGCUGUGGCUUCAAAGCCUGAGAAAGUUCCAGAGGAGCUCCUUUUUCACAACCGCUAUAGCGGGGAGAUCUUUCGAAGCCUCUCAGAGUUCGAGCAGCGGAAGUUGCAGGUCUUCCACAAUUUGCUGUACGUGCGGUAUCCGCAUUCCAGCGAGAAGCAGUCCUGACCUUGGACAUAGAAGACGAACAUUGGACUCUUUGUUCAUUUCUUGCGGAGGGAUUCCAAGCUGGUGAGAUCACAGCCAUCCGCACAAGAAAAAAUUUUGGAAUUUGAUGGAGUUUGUUUGGUCUUUG